AUAUAUGACAGGGAAUUGUCUGACAGAGCUGCUUCAGUCACUGACUGUGUUUUUAUCUGCAUCAAGCGGGCACAAGUUCAUGGCUGAGUUCAUGGAAGUUGGCGGGAUCCUAACGCUCCUAGAGAUUAUUGGGUUGAAGCAAGCCAAGGAGUAUGACAAAGCCGAGGCCCUCAAAUGCCUUCACCACAUUGCCAAUGCUGGGAGAAAGUACAAGGAGCUAAUUUGUGAGAGUUAUGGUAUUAGAGCUGUGGCAGAAUGUCUCGCAAAGUCAAAGUCAGAGGAAACUCAAGACGCCUGCAGAAAUCUUCUCCUGAUGUUGGCACAAGGAAACCCCAAGUAUCAGAACCAGGUAUACAAGGGCCUGAUUGCCUUGCUGCCGUGCAGUUCACCCAAAGCUCAGCAAAUGGCUUGCAAUGCGCUCCGUACGGUCCAGCCAAUCGUGGGAACGGCCAACGCCACCAUCAUUGAGCCUCUCCUCAACCUGCUGAGGACGCUGCAUUUGGAGGUUCAGUUUGAGGUGAUUGAACUUCUCAAAGAUCUCAUGGACUCAGAGGUGACGGAUUCACUCUUGUCUGGCCUCGUGGCCCUUCUCAGACCAGCCCUGGAAGACGUCUUGGCCGCUGUGGAUACCGCUGACGAAAAUGACGGGAGCAAGCUGAGUGCGACUGCCCCACUGCCAGUGUUUGUGCAGCAGGCUGCCGCAGCCAAGACGAUAGGGAUACUGGCGAGAGACAGCAACAAAGUUGCCGAGAGUUUGGUCCAGCUGCGAGUGACCCACCAUCUGAUGUACGCCAUGGGGAACACAGACUACGCCGACAGUCAGCGACAGGCCAGCAUCACUCUCGAGCACUUCUGCCGAACAUUUUCCAUCGUGGACGACCAUGUGAGGGAUGCCAUGGGGGAGGCUCUGUACGAUCUGUUCAUGUCUAACCCGGAGACACUCUAUCUCAACAUGAGCCACGUGCAGGCCGACGUCCUCGUCUCCAACAAAGUCAACAUUCCCAGACUGGUUCAAGCUGUAGACUGAGCCUGUUGAGGCUAUGACCAGAAGACAAAGACAAAGACCAGGGAGCCUUACCAAGCCACGCACACGGGACAACAGAACAAGGAACUAGGAAAAGAAAAGAAAAUUUAACUUAUGUUAUGUCUAAUUAUGAGUCCAUUGAACCUCACCACAAGAAUGUUUCCCUGCUGUGUAAUGUAUCUAAAGGUUUUCAAUCAUUUAAAACUUUCCCAAUACAUGUAUUCGUUUAUGGACAGUAAAUGGAUAUUUUGCUGUAGGCAUAUAUUAAUGUUCAUUCUUCUGUAAAAUUUUACUCAUUGUAAAAAGUUAGUUCAAUUCUUUUUUCAUGAGCAGGUUAAGAUGUUAAAUUGUUUUGUACCAAGAUGCAAAAAUGUGAUGGACCAACUAAAGUUCAGUUGAUAUACUUAUGAAAUAACAGCAAGAUAACAAUAUAUUUGUAGCUCCAAACACAAUAUCGAAGUAUGUAUUGCUAGUAACCCUGGAAGUGGACCAGUAGUCAGCAUACACCACAGACAGACCGCCAACUAUCUGAUAAGUUCCAUCUACAGGGGUGACGGACGUGAAUGUUUCAAAUAGAGAUUGUACAUUUUGUGAAAAGUAUAAUAGAUUGUAAGAACAUUGUAAGCAUUUUAUUAUUAUGAAGUUGCUGUAUACGACUUGUAUAUUGCGUUUGUGCGUUGUUGUUGAAUAAAUGUGCCUGAUGAGUGUAAAAAAAAAAAA